AGAAGGGGUUAAAUAGAUUUUGCCUGGCAUUCAUUUACAUCUGCAGUGUUCCCACGUUCGAUAAUACUUCCAGUAAAAUCACAAACCUGAUGUGCCAGUGUAAUUCAGUUCAUCGAUCACCAUUCAUCAUGACUGGGAAAGUUUUGUUAUUUGGACUCCUGUUCAUCUGUGUGGCUGCAGAUGCACAGAAUGCAGCAACCCCAAGGAUGCCAUUUUGUCCUGGCCCUGAAGACUUUUUGGCAUGCCCCAUGAACUAUGCCCCUGUUUGUGGUAGCGAUGGAAACACCUACGCAAAUGAGUGUACCCUUUGUGUCCACAGAAGGACAACAGAAUUGGAUGUUUUGAUUGUUCGCAAUGAAGCCUGCUUCUGAUCAGCUGUUCAGCAAGUAGAUCAAAUCAGCAGCAAUGUUUCAAUCAGAAGGAAUAUUAAAUAAAUAAAGAAAUCUACAAAU